UGUAGUAGUACGCAAGCGCACACUUAUCUUGUCCUUCUCGGCGAAGUUACUAGAGAAUGAAAGACCAGACUCUCGAACACAUGUUGUUGGUUAGAUAACUACAAAGUAGUUGAAAUUUGCAUUUAUCGAAUCCUUAUUUCAUGGAAGAUACUGAUUUACAGCUAUUAGAGCCGAUGACGGGGAUGCUGGAUACAAACGCCCCCGAGAACGGGGACUCUCCAGCCAUGGAGGGGGCCGGAGACGCCUUUCUCCCUGACCUCCAGGCCGCUGACUGGACCAUGUCCAACAAUACUGCACCACAAAUGGACCAGUAUCAGCUGGAGAACACACAUUUAUUUCCCGUGGACGGUUUGGCGCAGGAAGGAGCAGAUUCUGCAUCGGAGUUUGAGGCCUCAGAACAAGGGGAGCAGAAGAGUGACCCGGAGGAGGAUGGAACUUCAAAGACAGAGGCAAUGCCAGGUGAGCCGGAUAUGGCAGUGCCAGGUGAGCUGGAUAUGGCAAUGCCAGGUGAGCCGGAUAUGGCAGUGCCAGCAGAGCAGGAUAUGGCAGUGCCAGGUGAGCAGGAUCCGGAGAAGCCAGCAGAGCAGGAUCUGGAAAAGCCAGCAGAGCCCGUGUCAACGUCAGAUUCAGGCAGUCCGUCAAACAUGGAGCUAGAGGAUGCUGGGAAGGAGGAAGUGGAGGAUACGACCAUGGUCCUGGCUGAAGCUGUGCCGGAAGAGCCAACCCUCCCCUCAGAGUACGACAGACUCAACACAGCCGUGGAGGAAAACCCAGAAGACUUCAACGGCUGGGUUUAUCUGCUACAGUAUGUUGAGCAAGAGAACCAACUGGAUGCGGCGAGAAAAGGCUUUGAUGCCUUCUUCCUACACUACCCCUACUGCUAUGGCUACUGGAAGAAGUACGCUGACCUAGAGAAGAAACACGGCGCUAUCCAGGUUGCAGAUGAGGUGUACAGACGGGGUCUGCAGGCCAUCCCCCUGAGUGUGGACCUUUGGCUCCACUACAUCUCCUUCCUGAAGGAGAACCAGGACAACAGCGACGGCGAGGCGGAGAGUCGAAUCAGAGCGACCUACGAGCAUGCUGUGCUGGCUGCGGGGACGGACUUCCGCUCAGACCGCCUGUGGGAGGCCUACGUGAACUGGGAGACGGAGCAGGAGAAGCUGGCCAACGUCACGGCCGUCUACGACCGCAUCCUGGGCAUCCCCACGCAGCUCUACUCCCAGCACUUCCAGAGGUUUAAAGACCACGUGCAGAACAACAACCCCAAGCACUUCCUGUCUGAGACCGAGUUUGUGCAGCUGAGGGUGGAGCUUGCCGCUGCCAGCACAACCAACGGGGAGGGAGAGACGCCCAGUGAAGAACUUCCCCCCGGAGUGGAGGACCUCCCCGACCCUGCCAAGCGCGUGACUGAGAUUGAGAACAUGCGGCACAAGGUCAUCGAGUCGCGGCAGGAGAUUUUCAAUCACAAUGAGCACGAAGUCAGCAAGAGAUGGGCCUUCGAGGAAGGGAUUAAGCGGCCCUACUUUCACGUGAAGGCUUUAGAGAAAACCCAGCUGACCAACUGGCGGGAGUAUUUGGACUUCGAGCUGGAGAACGGGACUCCGGAGCGGGCGGUGGUUCUGUUCGAGCGCUGCCUGAUCGCCUGUGCCCUGUACGAGGAGUUCUGGAUGAAGUAUGCACAGUAUUUAGAAGGAUACAGCAUCGAGGGAGUGAGGCAUGUGUACAAGAAGGCCUGCACCAUCCACCUCCCCAAGAAGCCAGCCGUGCACCUCCUCUGGGCUGCGUUCGAGGAGCAACAGGGGAUCAUAGAGGAGGCUCGUCGCAUCCUGAAGGCCCUGGAGGAGCUGGUGCCGGGUCUCGCCAUGGUGAGACUGCGACGGGUCAGUCUGGAGCGUCGCCACGGCAACCUGGACGAGGCAGAGGCGCUGCUGCGCGACGCCAUGCAGAACGGGAAGAACGCAGGCGAGACGUCGUUCUACGCCGUGAAGCUGGCGCGGCAGCUGAUGAAGGUGCAGAGGAGCCUGGGAAAGGCCAAGAAGGUGCUCCUGGAGGCCAUGGAGAAAGACCAGACCAGCCCAAAGCUGUAUCUGAAUCUGCUGGAGCUGGAGUACAGUGGGGACGUGCAGCAAAACGAGGCAGACAUCGUGGCCUGUUUCGACCGCGCCCUGACCAGCCCCAUGCCCCUGGAGGCCCGCCUGACCUUCUCCCAGCGCAAGGUGGAGUUCCUGGAGGACUUCGGUAGCGACAUCAAUAUUCUUGUAGCGGCAUAUGAGGAACAUCAGAAGCUCUUGAAAGAGAACGACUCCACCAAGAGGAAAGCGGAGAAUGGGUCUGAAGGCCCCGACUCCAAGAGACAGAGAACCGACGACUCCGCUGGCGGUCAAAUGACGUCAGACGCCAACAAUCAAGCGUACAACUACAACUGGUACCAGCAAUACAACAACUACCAGAACUCAUGGGGACAGUACAACCAAUAUGGCCAGUAUAACCAGUACUAUCCCCCUCCCCCCACAUGAUUUCAGCGUGAAUGACGAGAUCGAAUGAUUGGAGGUCGCAGAGCAAGCGGCUAUUUUUUACCCUAUUGAACCGCUUUGAGUCACAGACUCGCCCUCACAGCCAUCCUGUUGAUCAGCUUUUGAUCCGACCCGUGUUUAUUUGGCAUGUAUGUGUGUUUGUGCAAAUUAUUUUACUUUUCCUCUCCUCUCCCUCGUAUGUGAAGUUGCAAAUACAGCUUUUGAUUUUUAGACUGGUUUGACCUGGAGUAGAAUCUAAUUUGGGGGGAAAUGUAGUUGUAUCUGAAGAUGAAGAUUGAAAUAUGUAAUGAACCUCGGACAUGUCUGUAACAUCUCCUGAAUGUGUUUUUCUGGGCAAACGACUGAGGUUUGUUUUUUUAUUUUGACUUUCAUAAUAAAGUGAUCGAUAUCCUCACUUAA